UAUUUUUAAAUUAUGAUAGAAGUGUAGACGCGGGAAAGAAAAGUCAUCAAUUUAUUGGGCUUUUGAAAGGCUAUUUGCCAGACUUCAGGUGCCCAAACAGAAAAUAACAGAAAAUUCCAGUUCUUCAUAUCUUAAACCAACUAACCAAACAAAAGCACACUUUUCCAAACUCUUCUGUUCUUUGCUCACUAUUUUCAUCAAUCUCAGUUUGGAUUUCUGCUGACAAUGGGACAAGAGAUUAAUAAUAAUAAUAAUAUUGAUUUAUUUUUAGGUAAUAUAGAAGAUUGGCACGACACCCUUCUCCAGCCUUUAAACCCAGUAGAUUAUCCACAAACCCAACAAACCUUCUCUAAACAAUACUCUCUUGUUGUUAUCAGAGAUCACUCCUCCACCAAUCAUAACUCCGCCGCCGCUGAUUUCUCCGUUUUCCCCCCAAGCAACCACGAGAAUCUAACUCCUUCUCAUUUCAAUCAUGACCCCAAACACCACCCACCACCUUCCCCUUCCUCUCCUUUGUCAUUUCUACCUUCCGUCUUCGACGACGACUCUCCUUCCCCGCCGCCGCCGCCGCCGCCGCCGGUUACCCUUUUGCCUAAAUGGUGGAGCUUUGCUGUUCAGAUCUUGCGUUCGAGAAUUGGUCCGUAUUUUGGAUGUAGUACUGUGAAAUGUUCGGCUUUUUGGUCAUUCAAGAAUGUUGCUUUGGUGGUGACGGCGGUAUUCUGGUGGCUAUGCGUGCGACUACGGCAGCAGCGGAGGAGAAAGAGUGUGGAGCAUUUGAUGCAGAUUAUUAAUGAGAAAGACAAGAAAAUUAUGCAGCUAUUGAAUCAAAUUGCUCAAAUGAAUGAAGUAUUCUUAACUCGUCAUAAAGUUCUUGCUUCGAAACUGCCUAAUUGAUUGAAGAAGUUGAUUCAAUGGAAAUACUCUUAAUUGCCUACGUGGUGGGAAGAGCAUUUUGAGGCUUUAUUUUACUGGUUGAACAGCUUCAAAUGCCAAUAUUUUAUGUGGUUGCAAAAUUGUUCAAAGCCCAAUGAGUGUUAUGUGCAACUUGUGUACUUGAAUUGUGCCUUGAUAAUGGACCACAUUUUUGCAUUGUUUAUAGAAUCUAGCUGAAUAAAGGGACCACAAUGUUAUGUUUUGAACAUAGAAAAUUCAUCUGUUUUUAUUAGUAGAUCACUACUAUUUAAAUUGUAUCUAGGUUAAUUGGUUUUUCUUGGUUAAAUCUUGUUUCACGACUUUGAGGUUUUACAUGAUCUCAAAUGAUUUGAUCUAUGGCUACAGUUUAAAAAUAAGUGAAGGAAGUUUUGGCUAGUUUGUAGUUGACGUAUUCAUCAUUAAUUAACCAAGUAGCAUUUUGUCAAAUUAUAAAUAAAAUUAUGUAUCACUGCAUCGAAAAAAUUAAAAAAUAUUUAUCAGAAAAAUUAUAACGUAUUAAAUAAAAUUAAUUCUUGUCAAUUAUUUGACUAUUAUUAUUUUUCUCAAGUAUAAUUAUAAUGUUAUAAAUGACAAAUUGAUAAUCAAAUUAUUAAUAUAAUGUUUGUAUUCUUCUUAAUUUGUUAUUCAUGCUAAUGUAUUUGCUUUUGGUUUUGAUAUUUUGGCUAAGAAAGGGUUUUAUAAGAUAGGAGAAGAUGAAUAUUUAAGCAAAUUGGCUGACGAACUUAUUGUUCUUAUUUAUAUUAUCACAGCCGACGCGGAAGGCUAUGGAGCUACAAACAUUGGUUCUAACUAAAUAUUUGAUACGUUCCUUGUGUAGGGUUAAUUACAUAUAUAAAUUACAAAGAACUGGUUCAUUGAAUCUGGGAAUAACAGCAGGAACAUUCUGAUCUUGAUGAAAUUCGCCAUUUUGCUUUGACUUGGACUGGAAUUUUUCUCAUGUACGUUAGUGAUGGUUGGCUUGAGUUUGCCUUUAUUAGAAAGAGGAGUUCAGGUAGACCGUGUGCCGGAGAAGUAGGUAAAUGUAGUUACAUUCUGGGUCAGAUUUAUUGUUCUGUAACUUCAAAUUAUCUGCGACUUAAAUCAAACUGGUUUUGGUAUUUGCCCAUACUAAUUUUUGAUCGUUUCUUUUAAUUGAUUUUGAACUCUUGCAAGUUGUUUUUAUAUACAUAUGGAGACUUGAAAUAACCGAUUGCUAAAGUUUCUGGUGAAAGUCUUCUAGCAUGAAAAAAGAUAGCUGAUGAUGAUGAUGAUUUAUAGAUUGAAUAUGGUUGUGUUUGGGCAAUUCCAGGUAUAGGCUCCAAUACCUUUUGUAGGUCGGCAUGUCCUCUUUUGUCCUUCUAACAACAGCAGCUGCAAUUGCCAUUCAUUCACUUGGAACCUUGAGGCCCUCAGGCCAUAACAAGGGACGACCAUAGGCAAAUAUAUCAGAAUCAAGCCGGCUCUUUGUGGUCUCUCAUUAUAACCGCCAUUUUUGCUAUGUAUUCCAAGCUAUGUCAAGACUCAAAUCCAAUUCAGUUUAUGAACUAUAGGGAGUAAGUUCUUUGUCAAGAGACGCACACACUAAAGCAUCCCAGUCUGAGAAAUUCCAAGCUCGCUGGCAUCAUCAGAGUUGCGUCUCUUUAGGGGUGAAGACUGAAGAGCAUUAUUGUAGCUCUUCCUUUACACAAAUGAGAACCAUAUAGCUUCAGUUAUUUGCUUUCCAUUUGAACAUGAGAAAAUGGCAUGUAAUUAUAGAAGUGACAAAAGAGCAUUGCAUGAAAAUAGAAGUCCCAAUAAACUUAAGAUCCCCCUCUUGAAUCGGAUUGGAGAAGCUCAUUGUGAUAAAGACCAUAAGAACACUAUUGUUUGGUAUUUGACUGUGGAACAUAAAGGUUAUUUUAAGACUAAACAUUUGUCAGUA